AUGUAACAACAUCGUAGACUUUCACCCUCUUAAUAUAUAAAUGAAUUGAUUGUCUGUUGUAUUGUGUUGUGUUGUUUUGGGUGUGUUGAUAAUUUCAUCUCAUCGGAAUCUCAUCGGAAAGAUGCCUCACGGAACGCUUGAAGUUCUUCUUGUCAGUGCCAAAGGCCUCGACAACAAUGAUUUUCUCGGUAACAUGGAUCCCUAUGUUAUUUUAACUGUAAGGACCCAAGACAAGAAAAGCACCGUCGUCUCAGGGCAAGGAUCUGAACCAGAAUGGAACGAAACUUUUUCCUUUACAGUCUCCGACGAUGUUGAUGAACUUCGCUUGAAAAUAAUGGACAAAGAUACCUUUAGCUCUGAUGAUUUUAUUGGAGAAGCAACGGUUGCUUUAGAGCCGUUGUUCGCUGAAGGAAGCCUUCCACCAACUCCAUACAAUGUUGUCAAUCAGGACAAGGAAUAUAGUGGAGAGAUUAAAGUUGGACUCACUUUUACUCCUGAGAGAAGUGGCCAUGGCGACAGUUCUGGAGACUAUGGUGACUCGGAGGGCUAUGGUGGUGAGAGGAAAGGAUCACAUAAAGGUGAGGAAAGGUAUGGUGGUGGUGGUGGUGGCGGCAGUGACUACCGUGGAAGUGGCGGCGGCUAUGGUGGGGGUGGUGGUGGCGGCUAUGGCAAUAGUGGUGGUGGUGGGAGGAAAGGAUCACAUAAAGGUGAGGAAAGGUAUGGUGUUGGUGGUGGUGGCGGCGGUGAUUAUGGUGGAAGUGACGGUGGCUAUGGUGGAGGCGGAGGUGGCUAUGGUGGAGGUGGCGGUGGCUAUGGUGAUCAUGGUGGUGGUAAUGGUGGCGGCGGUGGCCUCGGUGGUGGUGGUAGUAGUUAUGGCGAUCGUGGUGGUGACUAUGGUGGCGGUGGUGGUGGAUGGAAAGAAUCAUCUAAAUCUGAGGACAGCUCUGGUGGAUGGAAAGAAUCCUCCGCAUACAGAGGAUGAGUUUAUUAGUAUAAUUGACAGUACUGUAAUGUAUGAUUGAUCAUCAUUUAGAUGCCUGGUCUUAUUGGACAAUAAAAGAAUAAAGUGCUUUAAUCUUGUUCGAGGUUCCUUUCUACAUGUGGACCGAAAAUUUUACUAUGUUACGAUGUAUGAUAUUAUCGAAUAAUUAAAGUGUGAGAUGUGCAUCUAUGAAGUUGUAUUAUUGUAUUCCAUGUUUUUA